AGAAAUUGGAUGCAUGAGUUUGAAUUUGGCAAAAGCAGUUGCUUCAAGAAAAAGAAAUUGUUAGGCAAACAAAUUAAAAUAAAUUGAAAGGGAAUAUAUUACUACUCCAUCAUGCACUCUAUAUAAAGGUCGAGAAUACCUCAGCUUCUCGCAGCUCUCUCUCUCUCAGAUGAAUAUAGUGAGAGAAGGAGGGAGCAAAUUGCCUCCUGGGUUCAGAUUUGAACCCACGGAUGAAGAGAUCGUCUUCCAAUAUUUGUCGCGUAAAACAUUCUCCCAUCCUUUGCCUGCUCUUGUAAUUCCAGAACUCGACGUCUUCACCUAUGAUCCAUGCCACCUUCCAGGUGAUGGAGGGCAAGACAUGUAUUUUUUCUGCAAUAAGGAAGGUAGAAAAAUGGGGAGAGCAAGUGAGUGUGGUUUUUGGAAGGCUAGCGGUUCGCCUAAACGAAUAAUUUGUUCGAAAAAGAUGCCAAUUAUUGGGAUCAGAAAAUCCUUCGUAUUUCAUAGACGCACCAAGCGAAGAACUCAGUGGAUCAUGCAUGAAUACUACCUUGCUCUUUCACAAAAUACUCAUCAGGAUUUGGUUCGAAUAGGAAAUUGGACGUUGUGCCGAAUAUUUUUGAAGAAAUUAAGAGUUAAUGCAAGGAAAGUUGAUGAUGUUAGGAGUCGUGAUUUCUUGAGUGAUUCGUAUUCUUCUUCUGCUUCUUCAACUGAUUCUGGUAUUUUUACGGAGGUUUCUUCGAGUUAGCUAGAAACAUUAAUAUAGUGAUUAUGUAUAUUCGAUGAAAUUAAAUUGCAGUGAUUUUGUGGUGGUA